GGCUGCCGGUCUAUCGGCGGCGCGGGGGCGGGCGGCCGGCCCGGGGCCCGGACAUAAGAUGGCGGCGGCGUUGCUGGGGAGGCGGCGGCGGCGGUUACGGCCGUGCGGGCUGUCGCGGAGCGCGGGCGGCGCGCGGCUCUGCCCGGGCUCGCAGGGCGGAUAGAGCGGGGCCGGCUCGGCGGAGCGGGGCCGCCAUGGGCUCCCAGGUGCUGCAGAUCCUGCGCCAGGGCGUGUGGGCGGCGCUGAGCGGCGGCUGGUACCAGGACCCGCACCAGGGCGCUGGGGUCAACGCGCUGCACCUCUACCUGUGGCUCUUCUUGCUCGGCUUCCCCUUCACCCUCUACAUGGCUCUUCCUUCUUCCAUGAUGAUAGUAGCUGUCUACUGCCCGGUGAUAGCAGCUCUCUUUAUCGUUUUGAAGAUGGUGAAUUACCGUUUGCACAGGGCACUGGAUGAGGGAGAAAUUGUGGAGAGGAAUGCCAGUGAGCGUAUGGACAGAGGUGCAAAACCAGAACAAAGCAAUGUUUCAGCCAAGAGGAAAGACAGCAAUGGGCCCAGUGACCCUGGUGGAGGGAUUGAGAUGUCAGAGUUCAUUCGAGAAGCAACUCCCCCUGUGGGCUGUAGUUCACGCAAUUCUUAUGCUGGGGUAGAUCCCAACAGCCAGGUUGGAUCUGGGUUAUCUCGUCUGGGAACAGCAGCAACCAUCAAAGGAGAUACUGACACUGCCAAGACUUCUGAUGAUAUCAGUUUAAGUCUUGGCCAGAGUUCUAGCCUGUGUAAAGAAGGGAGUGAAGAACAAGAUUUGGCAACUGAUCGGAAGCUUUUUCGUCUGGUGUCGAAUGACUCGUUUGUCUCCAUCCAACCUUCAUUAUCCUCUGGACAGGAUUUGCCAAGAGACAACAGUGACAAAGUGUGCCUCUCGAACAACCAGCUUGUGGACCAGUCUAAAACAAGUGCAUGUGACACAGAAGUAGCUUCACUUGUAACUCUGCAUUCUCACUCCUAUAGGAAGGAUCAUAGACCACGAGGUGUACCAAGGACUUCUAGCUCUGCUGUCGCUUUUCCAGAUGCUUCACUAAAUGACUUCCCUCUCUACCAGCAAAAACGAGGACUAGAUCCUGUCAGUGAGUUAGAAGCUUCCAAGCCCCCUUCUGGAUCCAGAGAGUCCUUGGCUGAGAACUCUUGCAUUUCAGGAGUUUUUCAAUUAGAUGACAUUCUGAAAAGUAGCAGCCCUCAACCAUUGGCUAAGAGUGGGAAGAGCAAAUCCUUGAAAGCAGAUAAAAGUGUGGACAGUCUGAGAAGCCUGAGUACUAGAAGCAGUGGUUCAACAGAAAGCUACUGCAGUGGAACUGAUCGUGACACUAACAGUACUAUCAGUAGCUAUAAAAGUGAACAUACUAGCUCAACGCAUAUAGAAAGUGUGUUGUCAGAGCAUGAGGAGGAGUCUCCUAGAGAAGAGAAAAAGGAUGCUAAGAAAAAGGACUGUGGUGUCGACUCAGAGGAUGACAGUAGUUCUACUACUGACAAAAGGACUAGUAGCGAAAGGACUGCUGUGGAAGUGAGCACUAACAGUGGUGUUCAAGAGGUAAAGGGUUCUAAUGCAUCUGAUGAGAUGCACAGUCAGAAAGGUCUUGGUGCCUCUGCUUCAGAAGAGGCCAAUAAGAACCCACAUGCCAAUGAAUUGACUACGCAAGCUGACAGGCCACCUGGGAAGGCUGCUGAACAAAGAGAUGAGCAGAGUGAGAAACUAGCUGUGUUAGUAGAUUCAAGAGCUUCUAAAGAAAUGAGUGGAAAACAAAAAGAAGGAGAUGUUCGACCAAAAUCUUCUAGUUUAAUACAUCGAACAGCCUCUACCCACAAGUCCAGCCGGAGAAGGACAGGAAAAAAGCGGGCUAGUAGUUUUGAUUCAAGUCGGCACAGGGAAUAUGUUUCCUUCCGAGGUGUAUCUGGUACUAAACCUCACAGUGCUGUGUUCUGUCACGAUGAGGACUCCAGUGAUCAAAGUGACUUGAGCAGGACAUCAAGUAUGCAGUCAGCUCAUCAGUUCAGCAGUGAUAGCUCUUCCAGCACCACCUCCCAUUCAUGCCAGUCUCCUGAGGGAAAGUACAGUGCUCUAAAGACCAAAUAUGUUUCUAAAGAACGUGGGGGCACAGACCCUGAAAAUGCUCACAAAACCCAUGUAGGCUCUGAAGGAAUUAGCAAAAAACGAUCUACACGUCGGACUUCUAGCACAAACAGUGCCAAGAAUCGUGCUAGAGUAUUAAGCCUGGACAGUGGUACUGUAGCUUGUUUAAAUGACCCAAAUAGUUUAAUGGCACCAGGUAACAUAAAACAGUUAACCACUUCAAAAUCUGAUUUGGAAGCCAAAGAAGGAGAGGUGCUAGAUGAGCUAUCUCUGUUGGGAAGGGCUUCACACUUAGAGUCAGUCACUCGUUCUAGGAAUAGCUUACCAAGCCAGGCUACGUUUCCUGAAGGGGAAGAGCAAGAAUCAGCAAGUGGAGCAGCACAAGCCAGCGAGGAGACUGUCACAUUUCGUCGUGAACGCAGCACAUUUAGGCGUCAGGCAGUACGACGCCGGCACAAUGCAGGGAGUAACCCUACCCCUCCUACAUUGCUCAUCGGAUCACCCCUCAGCCUUCAAGAUGGUCAGCAAGGCCAGCAGCCCUCCUCCCAGGUCAGAGUGCAGUCCCGCCCCCCUUCCCAGGCAGCUGUGCUCGGCGCUAGCGCCUCCUUGCUGGUGAGAAAUGGGAGUGUCCACUUAGAAGCAUCACAUGCCACUGCAUCUGCUGUAGGCGGUAGCAGUUUGCACGAUGAACUUGGUAAGUUCAGUUCUACGCUCUACGAGACAGGGGGCUGCGACAUGUCACUUGUGAACUUUGAGCCAGCUGCAAGAAGAGCAUCCAACAUCUGUGACACGGACUCUCACGUAUCGAGUUCUACCUCAGUUCGCUUUUAUCCACAUGAUCUACUUUCUCUUCCUCAGAUCAGGUUGAACAGGCUGCUAACCAUGGAUACAGAUCUGCUGGAGCAGCAGGAUAUUGACCUGAGCCCUGACCUUCAGGACCACAUGCAACCUCAAGAGGAAGCAGCUCAAAAAGUCAAGCAGUACUAUCGCUUUUGGAUCCUUCCUAAGCUUUGGAUUAGCAUCAAUUUUGAUAGAUUAACUCUUCUGGCUUUAUUUGAUAGGAAUCGUGAGAUCCUUGAAAAUGUGUUAGCUGUCAUCCUAGCUAUUCUAGUUGCAUUUCUGGGCUCUGUACUUCUUAUAGAGGGCUUUUUCAAGGAUAUUUGGGUCUUCCAGUUCUGCCUGGUAAUAGCCAGUUGUCAGUACUCGCUGUUGAAGAGCGUUCAGCCAGAUUCUUCUUCCCCUCGACAUGGUCAUAAUCGUAUCAUAGCCUAUAGUAGGCCUGUAUAUUUCUGUUUAUGUUGUGGUCUUAUUUGGCUGUUGGAUUAUGGCAGCAGAAACAUAUCUACAACAAGAUUCAGGCUGUAUGGAAUGGCUUUCACCAACCCAUUGCUGCUGCUUUCAGCCAGGGACUUAGUUAUAGUGUUUACGCUAUGUUUCCCUAUAGUAUUCUUCAUUGGUCUCCUGCCUCAGGUGAAUACAUUUGUGAUGUAUCUCUGUGAACAGCUGGAUAUUCAUGUCUUUGGUGGCAAUGCUACCACAAGCCUGCUUGCAGCACUUUACAGUUUUAUCUGUAGUAUUGUGGCAGUAGCAUUGUUGUAUGGACUGUGCUAUGGUGCCCUGAAGGAUUCUUGGGAUGGGCAGCAUAUUCCAGUUCUCUUCUCCAUAUUUUGUGGUUUGUUAGUGGCAAUAUCGUAUCAUCUCAGCAGACAAAGUAGUGACCCUUCUGUACUUUUCUCUUUAGUGCAAUCAAAAUUUUUUCCUAAUUCUGAAGACAAAAACCCCGAGGAUCCUCUGUCUGAAGUAAAAGAUCCUUUACCUGAAAAGCUUAGAAAUUCUGUGAGUGAACGACUGCAGUCUGACCUGAUUGUGUGUAUAGUCAUUGGUGUACUCUAUUUUGCAAUUCACGUCAGUACAGUAUUUACAGUUUUACAGCCUAUUUUAAGUUAUGUUCUCUAUGCAUUGGUGGGUACGGUAGGCUUUGUGACCCAUUAUGUUCUGCCUCAACUCCGAAAGCAACUUCCUUGGCAUUGCUUUUCUCACCCGCUGCUGAAAACCAAGGAAUACUAUCAGUUUGAAGUCCGAAAUGCUGCACAUGUUAUGUGGUUUGAGAAACUUCACAUUUGGCUCCUUUUUGUAGAGAAGAAUGUUAUCUAUCCACUGAUAGUCCUCAAUGAGCUUAGUAGCAGUGCUAAGAAUAUUGCUAGUCCAAAGAAACUGGAUACUGAGUUGGGUGCUUUAAUGAUCACAAUAGCUGGCUUGAAGUUACUGCGUUCAUCAUUCAGUAGCCCAACGUGCCAGUAUGUCACUGUUAUUUUCACAGUGCUCUUCUUUACUUUUGAUUACAAAAGUUUUACUGAGACCAUGCUGCUAGAUCUCUUCUUCAUGUCCAUACUCUUCAGCAAGCUUUGGGAACUCUUUUAUAAAUUGAGAUUUGUAUAUACCUACAUUGCUCCCUGGCAGAUCACAUGGGGAUCUGCCUUCCAUGCUUUUGCCCAGCCCUUUGCUGUGCCACAUUCUGCAAUGUUGUUUGUCCAAGCAGCUGUGUCAGCUUUCUUCUCUACUCCACUGAAUCCUUUUCUGGGAAGUGCAAUAUUCAUCACUUCAUAUGCCAGGCCUGUCAAAUUCUGGGAAAGAGAUUACAACACAAAACGUGUGGAUCAUUCAAAUACAAGACUGGCUUCGCAGCUUGAUCGAAAUCCAGGUUCAGAUGAUAACAACCUGAAUUCAAUCUUCUAUGAACAUUUAACGCGUUCCCUUCAGCACAGCUUAUGUGGAGACUUGUUGUUGGGUCGGUGGGGAAACUAUAGUACUGGGGACUGCUUCAUCCUAGCCUCUGACUACCUCAAUGCACUAGUACACCUUAUAGAGAUAGGAAAUGGCUUGGUCACCUUCCAGCUGAGGGGGCUUGAAUUCAGAGGAACUUAUUGCCAGCAACGAGAAGUAGAGGCCAUCACUGAAGGUGUAGAGGAAGAUGAGGGGUUUUGUUGCUGUGAACCAGGCCACCUUCCUCACAUGCUUUCCUUUAAUGCUGCCUUUGGGCAGCGUUGGCUAGCUUGGGAAGUGCUUGUGACAAAAUAUGUUCUGGAGGGUUAUAGCAUCACUGACAACAGUGCAGCUUCCAUGCUUCAAGUCUUUGAUCUCCGGAAAAUUCUCACCACUUACUAUGUGAAGGGAAUCAUCUAUUAUGUCACAACAUCCCCCAAGCUAGAGGAAUGGUUAGCUAAUGAGACAAUGCAGGAAGGACUGCGGUUGUGCACAGACCGCAAUUAUGUUGAUGUAGACCCAACAUUUAACCCCAAUAUUGAUGAGGAUUAUGACCACCGUCUAGCAGGGAUCUCGAGAGAGAGUUUCUGUAUGAUCUAUUUGAACUGGAUAGAAUAUUGCUGCUCUCGAAGAGAAAAGCCGCUGGAUUCAAGUAAAGACUCACCCCUGGUGACAUUGUGUUAUGGACUCUGUGUUCUGGGGCGGAGAGCAUUGGGAACAGCUUCACAUCAUAUGUCUAGUAAUCUGGAAUCCUUCUUGUAUGGCCUGCAUGCCCUAUUUAAGGGUGACUUCCGUAUAUCUUCAAUUAGAGAUGAAUGGAUCUUUGCUGACAUGGAAUUGCUGAGGAAAGUAGUGGUUCCUGGAAUACGGAUGUCACUUAAGCUACAUCAGGAUCACUUCACUUCUCCAGAUGAAUAUGAUGAUCCUUCUGUCCUUUAUGAAGCCAUAACAACCCAUGAAGAAAAUCUAGUUAUAGCACAUGAAGGGGACCCUGCUUGGCGGAGUGCAGUUCUCUCCAAUUCUCCCUCCCUCCUUGCUCUGCGUCAUGUGAUGGAUGAUGGCACCAAUGAAUAUAAAAUCAUUAUGCUAAAUAAGCGGUAUCUCAGUUUCAGGGUCAUUAAGGUGAAUAAGGAGUGUGUGCGUGGCCUGUGGGCAGGACAACAGCAGGAGCUUGUGUUCCUGCGUAAUCGUAAUCCAGAAAGAGGAAGCAUCCAAAAUGCAAAACAAGCUCUGAGGAACAUGAUCAACUCCUCUUGUGACCAGCCAAUUGGAUACCCAAUCUACGUCUCACCUUUGACUACUUCCUAUUCAGAUAGUCAUGAACAGCUUAAGGAGAUUCUCGGGGGAGCUAUCAGCUUAGGAAACAUCAGAAACUUCAUAGUGUCUACGUGGCACAGACUAAGGAAAGGCUGUGGAGCUGGCUGCAAUAGUGGUGGAAAUAUUGAAGAUUCAGAUGCUGGAGGUGGAGCUUCAUGCACAAGUAACAAUGCAACUAUCAAUGAGUCGCAGAGCAGCAUGUCACAAGGAGGAGGGAGUGCAACUACAGGGCAGGGACCUGGAGCAGUACAGCACCCUCCUGUUGCAGCUCAUCCCACAACUCUUCCUGCAGCUCAUCCACCAACUCAUCCCUCCACUCUGGGCACCAGUCACAGCUCUCACUCUGUGCAGUCAAGCCUUGUCAGACAUUCCCCUGCCCGCGCCUCGGUAGCUAGCCAUUCAUCUUAUUGCUACGGCAGUCGUCAUUCAUCUCUUCGCACAUCCGCAACAGGCUUUGUGCCUUGUCGGCGCUCUUCCACCAGUCAGAUAUCCCUUCGUAACCUCCCAUCAUCCAUCCAGUCCCGCCUAUCUAUGGUGAACCAAAUGGAACCUACUGGCCAGACUGGGGUCAGCGCACAGCAUGGACUGCCUUCUUCUAGCAGCUCCAGCCAAAGCAUCCCAGCCUGUAAACAGCAUGCCCUUGUGGGCUUUCUAGGGACAGAAGGAGGGAGUAAUGCAACUGAAACUCAGUCAGGUGGUAAUGCAAGCCCUGCAAAUCAAAUGCAAGCCAAAAAGGAUGAUGUUAUUUACAGAAUCCAGUUAAUGGAUCCCAGUCAAGUACUGGAAGGGAUCAACGUGUCAAAAAGGAAAGAGCUGCAGUGGCCAGAUGAGGUGAUACGGCUAAAAGCUGGAAGAAACAGCUGGAAAGACUGGAGUCCUCAGGAAGGCAUGGAAGGCCAUGUGAUUCACCGCUGGGUGCCUUGCAGCAGAGAUCCAAGUAGUCGGUCCCAUAUAGAUAAAACCAUCCUGCUGGUUCAAAUUGAAGAUAAAUAUGUUGCUGUUGUUGAAACUGGAGUCCUUGAACUUGGGGCUGAAGUGUAAAUCUCUCUGAGACUGAAACUUGCCCUUCUCCAACGGUUCCGAAGAGAGAAGAAGGGUCCAGAAGAAGCAGCUCCCAGGACAUGAAACUUUGGUCCAGUUUUAGGAAAGGACUUGAAACGCAUUUGUCUAAGUCCCUUCCCCCAAAUAAACAAGUGUAAGAAACUUCUUAAAGUUGUUAGCUGCUGAAGAAACAUUUGCAUGAAGGAUAGAUUUGUUGAGACAUAUCUUUUUGUUUAUAAAUUUUGUUUAUGCAUUGCGUAAUGCUUUAAAUCAACAAACUUUUCAGUUCUAAGAUCAGAGCACCUCAUAUUUUUCUAAUUGUUUUGCCAAAAAUUGCCAUGUCUUGUCACAGAGUGAGUGGAAUUCAUCCACCUUAUUUUAAAGAAAUUGACUACAAACCUUCAGUUUGGUGAAACAGUGUAAGCGUUUCAGGUGUGGCAAGAAGAGACUGAACAGAUGUAUAGAUUCUUAUUCCUUAUGAGCUAAACAUUAAUGAGAACUGCACUAAUUUUUUUACAGCAAUGCACUAAAAACAACCCUGAGAUUGCUGAGAACAUUUAUUUAUAUAUAUAAAUAUAAGUAUAUAAAAUACCAUUAUUUAAAUUGCCUUUGGGAUUAAUCCCCUCCCUCUCCAUAUACAUGUUGAUGGUAAGGGCUGUGCCAUGGGUUUGGUUCUAUGUUCUGUAUUUCAUACAAGUGCAUUUGCUGCAUCCUCUUCACAAUAAAUGGUAAAAUAACAAAUAUAUAAAAAAGCACCUGAGUAUCCCUGUACUACAUCAGACUAUUGUGGUGGCAGUGGUACCUCAAAUCUGUACAACACAUCUAGCUUUAAAGUGGACCCCAAUAUACUACUUUUCAUCUGUCCUCCCUUCGCUAGCCAUGGCUACUUUGCUUCUUUACACCCAGAGCUGGCUAUGUUGUUUCAUUGGCUCUUCUCUGGCAGAGACAGUUGAGUUUUGUAGGGGGAGGUGCAGGUCCAUGAUUACUUCAUGGAUGCUUGAAGGUUUUUUUGAUUCCAUCCAAUUUAAAAAGAAAAACCAGCAACAACAAAACCCCCAAAAAACAAAACAGAAAAACCCAACAAAAACUUGACUUCAACUUUUAAAGAGCUUUUAUAGAAGGCACAGCCCUAAACUUGUAUCACUUUUGCCACCUUGCCUUUUCUUUCCCUUUAGUCUUCAUUCUUUUCUAUGACUUGAAUUUUAUUUUCUGUGAUUAUAUAUUCUAUGUAAGUGUAAUUUGAGUAUUUAUAACUGUGAAGUUGAAUUAUUCAUGUGUUGCAUAUCCUAGGUUUUAUUGUAUUUUUUUAAAAGUGUGUAUUCAGGGAAACAACUCAGAACUAUCAUGGGAGUGUGAGAGGGAAACUGGUUUGUUCUUUACUUGCAGUUCCUAUGACUCACUUCUCUUAAUCCGUAAGAAAAAAAUGUACCUGUUGUGAUUGUUUCCUGUUUCUGACCUGUAAUUAUGUAGGACUCUGUGGGGAAACUGCAUACAGUCAUAGCUUUUGGGAGCAGCCAUCUUCUUCCCAGUCACCUCUGCUUCUUUAUAUGUAAGGUAACCAGAAGAGAAUUCUGAUAUACCAGAGAGGUUAUUGUAGUUAUUUCUCUGACAUCAGAGAAACCUUGUCCAUUAUGUACCUAAUGUAAGAGAAAUUAUAUGGGGUGAGAAAAAACGAAGGAAGAAACAGCUGCCUAAGAAAUAUUGGUAUUCUGACUCAAGUCACUGUAUGCCAUCUAGCCAUGAAAGGGUAAGUCUGUGUGCCUGGUAGCUAGUCAGUUCUUGAUACCAUUCCCAGUAAAUUAUACUGGGACCUUGCUUACAUCAUACACUAUGCAAACUUGCACUUGAAGUACUGCGCAUCUUACAGUUGCGUAUUACUAUUUGGUUUAUGCAUAUGCAGUCCCAUUUAGUCUUGGUAUAAAUGCACAGUUCUGGAUCUGCCACCAUUGAAAUAAUUUUGCUGUUCCAUGUAGUUUAUCAUAUGUGCAUAUUAUAGUGUAGUUGAAUUCAUCUCCUGCAUAUCUGAAAAUGUAGUACAGUAGAUGAACCUUCUUCAGCAGUCUGGUAACAUUGCUGUCAGGAACGCAGAAAAUGUGUUAAGUUUUGAAUUGAUGGUGUUCUAGUUAAGGUUUUAUUCUGUGUCCUUCCCUUCAGGUAAUUACAGGGUUUCCCAUAUCACUGGGAAUAUUGCUUCAUUUUAGAAAGAAGAAUUUGUUUUAAAAUAGGCCCCCAUUUGUUAUUAGUUGCAAGAGGUUUUUUUCUUCUACUGAAGUCUUGAGGUAAACAAAUGACUGAAAAACAAAAGAUGUAGGGUUUUGGUUUUUUUAAAAAAAACUUGACUGAAGCAACUUUCAGGAUUUUAAUGCUGGCUCUGAACAAUCUCUUCUACUCUCUUCAGGGCAAGAUAAUGACAAUGUCCAUUGCUGGUAAUAGACAUGAUAGGAAUUAAUGGCUUGUUAACAUGAAAAUUCUAGAGAAUUUGUAACUGCCUAGAAUUAGAUCAGCAAACAGCAGAUGGGGAGGAAGAAAGGCUUUUUUUAAGGGGCAAAGAGAAUUGAUGGAUCUUUCUAUUUUUUUAAUCUUCAGGCUUUUGGUGUGUUGCCUUCAGGAGAUGGAUUUUAAUGUGACCAGUUAACAGGUUAAUACCUUCUUUCAGGUAUUUAGCGAACACGUGUUGUAAAGCCAUUCACAUAGUGCUCAGAUCUAUUCCAGAUCUGCUCAACAGAAGCUACCUGCUUGAAAUUUCACUCUUCCAUAAGGCUUUGGAAAAGUAACUUUUUUUUCAAAGUCUUCCUGUAUUCAGAACUCUUAAGAUUCACAUAUGAUUUUAUGUUGGUUUGUGCAAAGUUUGUCUUUGUUUUGUCAUUUGCACAAUGGAAACUGUGUUUGUUUUCUUCUAAAUCCCCACAGGAUAGAUCUGUCUGUGGAAACUUCUGUUCCAGAUGGAGAUAAUUUCAUCUUUUGUUUUCUUUUCUUUGGCCUUUGUCUUGAUGCAUAGUAUCUUUCUCCUGUUGUGAGUGUGGAAAAGAUGGGGUAUUUUUCAGUUAGUCCUGUCAGUUGAGAUUGAGCUCAGCAUAGAGCAGAUUUUUUUUUUUAUCUUUCUUAAGGUUUCAUGAAAAAACAUUAUAGAUGAGUGCUUUAACUCUGUCCCCUUGCAUUGUGUGAUAUUCUCUUGCCAUAAGAACAUUCCAGUUAAGUCCAGUUGUUUUAGCUUCCAGGUAGAUCCCAAUUGAUUUUGUUUCUCAGAUUUCUUCAAAGGUGGUAUCUGUGUACAUACGUAAGGACUUGCUGCUCCCUAAAACAGAUAUUCAACUACAGAAAAAUGCUUGAAAACCCCACUAAUCAGAUUAUGUUCAUUGGUAAAAAUGGCUGCUACUUAAUUUUUUAAAACCUCUUCCCAUUUCACAGCCUUGUGAAAUCUUUUAAAGUGUUCUGAUUAAAACAGACGAACAAAACCCUGAAAUGUAUGUGAUGCCACUGAUGACACCUAGACUUCUGUGCCACUUGCACUGUAUGAUACUUGUGACGAAUUGUGGGGAUCUCUCUCAUGAUUCAGCAUUUGUGAAAUGAUUUCAAAGUUGGGGGGAGAGAUGAUGAUGAUUAUUUUUUGAGGUAAUUCUAUGUAGGUUUGCCUGGGCCGUAUGGCAUAUUUGAGUGGUGUUCUCAAUUUUCUGGUUGGUUGUGUAGUUCACCAGGCAUUCCUUACCCCCAUGUUCACAACCCCUUUGGGAACUGAAGAACUCUUAUAAGAAGCCUAGAUGACUGGUGAGGUGAAAGAUGAAGGCUCGUGGCACAGGUCCAUGCCCUUGGCUGUUUGGCAAGUGGCCAUAAAGCUUGGUCUGAACUAGGGUGUGAGGGUGAGAGGGGAGAAGAGAUGCCUUACAAUUAGAUUCAACUUCAGAUCAUUUCUCUGAUAAUGCACACAACACCAUAUGACCUAGGAGUGUAGAUACAAAGACACAGCUUUAAAGAUCUUUCUCAAUUACAGAACUCUCCGUUCACAAAAUGGAGCAGGAUAGAUUGCAUUUCUUACCAUUAACAAUAUUAUUCAAAUAUUAUUCAACUUAUAUUGAAUUCGGGGUUAUACCACCACAGGUUUUAUGUACUUAAUUUUAUUAAGGAAUUUUAUACCUAUUAUAUAGGCAUCUAUUCUUUUCUUGUCUGGCUUGCUAUUUGAUAAUCUAAUGCAGUACAUUCAGUGGCGCUGGACUCUUUCAGAAAUUAUACUGGUAAUUACUGGUGCCUUAGUAAAAAAGUGGGUACAUAACACCUUGGUGGGAAGUAAAGCAUGUGGCUUGUUUUACCCCAGCAUGAUAUGCAUAUUUCCAAAAAGGUGAUUAAGAUGGCUGCUCCAAAAGAUUUCAGGAGUAUACAUACAUCACUCCGUCACAGACAUCUGAGUAUGAGCAAUUUUUAUGACUUCUGGUAUGUACAGUUUGAAUAGAUAAUCCCAAUACACCUAGUCCACAAAUCUGAAAGAUGGUGAUCAAAUAGCUGGGUAUGUUAACUUGUUACACAGACACCCCCAAAAGCUUGACAAUAACCUGCUGGCUAGGAAAUGGAGGGAGAGGGGAGUAGAGCAUAAACAGGAGGAUGGCUUUUGGGGUUUUAAUGGACAAUGAAAAUAUUAUAUUGCCUCUACCAGCAAACGGAUACCUUGCCAGGGACAGGGAUAUAUGUACCUGCGUGUCUGUGAGUGUGUAUGUGUCUGCGUGUGUUACUGGAAACAGCCUGUAAAUAUUGUAGCUGUUUAAAAUGGAAAAGGCAGAGAGUUUUUUUGCAACAUGUUGCAGCAAAAGGACAGUAUUGACAGUGGAGAAACACUGAGAAAUAAAAAAUCCUUUUUUCA